AUGCCCAGGAGAGUUCUGCUGGGCAACUGGUUUGAGGAGGAGGCGUACAUGCGGGAUCGCAGACGCCUCAUGGAGGGUCGUAAUGGUGGCGUCGUGGAUGCCGCACGUGAGACGCAGCUCAUAUUGGCCAAGGUGAAGCACCACAACACGCCAUAUCACUUGUCCCCCAUGCAUGACGACGGCUUUCUACACUUUUACACUCCAGUAAUGCUACAAAAUGCUGAAACACUUGGCUUUAUUUCGCUUGACUUAGAGGAUCGCGCGCUAAAACCCACAGGGUGGCGUGUUGUCUGUUCCACAGCACCAGCCAGCGGUCCGACUUUGCGCAAUUGUUUUUUAUUGGCCCCGGCGCCUACCGGCCCCACAGAUAUGAUUGCUCCACCACCCGAGGAGGAGGACGUGGUGCACUACGGGCAGCCGUUUUUUAUUAUGACCGUGCCAGAGCUGUGUGAUAACCCGCUUUCGCUUGCCUCAGAGCACAAAGGGCCUCAUAGCGCGUCAAAGGUGACAGGAAAGUAUCAAGAUGUGUUUUUUUCACCGGACGGCAACUCCGCGGAGACGAUGUGGGUGGCGGAUUUCUCGAACCCCGAGUAUUGUGAGGACAUGCGUGACAGGCCUGUGAAAGGGGACGCCGUCUUGGUGAUCCGCCACAACCACACCAAUGUCCCACUGGCAAGCACAAAGGCAGUCUUUUACAACGACUUUGGACCGGAGUAUGAGGUCUGCUGCAAUAAGUUUACAAGGAGUCUUAAGGGCCCAUUGACAGAUGAAAAUUACUGGAUCUUUGUUCAUAGUGAGGAGCGUGGAGAAGAGGGUGAAGAAAAACAGGAGCAUGCCUCGACCACUGCUUGA